GAGGCUAGAAAGCGGACACCACGCAGAUUCAUUGAGGAUCUGGAUGUGUUGUUUAGACCAGCUGGAAAACCUCGAUCCACGGCGUCUACAGAUACAGCUGUUUAUUUCUUAUUACUAUAUAUAUAUAUUUUUAUUGCUGUUACAUUGCUCCAGAUUAACGGUACCGGCGUGUUUAAAAUAAAUCCCGCUAACAGGCCUAUUGAGGUGGUGAGAUCAUCUUUUUUUGGGCACUUUGCUGACUUCAUUAGUGCGUAGCUCCACAAAACGUUGGACAUCAUGGCACUGGAUGGAUGUGGCCUCUUCUGCAAAUAUAUUCUGGUCAUUUUCAAUAUCAUCUUUGCGGUGGUUGGUUUGGCCUUCUUUGGACUCGGGCUGUGGCUGAGGUUCAGCGGCAACACCAGGGGAAUCUUCGAAAUAGAGGAGCUCAACUCAAGUGCAUUCGUCAUCGGUGUGACUGUGCUGAUAGUUCUCGGUGCCGUCAUGCUGAUUGUGGUGACAUUUGGAGACUAUGGUGCCUGCAAUGAGAAAAGAUGUGCUCUGCAAGUGUUCUCCAUCCUUCUGGCCUUUCUGGCUACAGGUGAAAUCGUCGUUGGAGUGCUGGCUUACACCCAGAGAGAUGAGGUUGGCCUGAGAAUUGCAGAGUUCUACACUAGCAUGUAUACUCUGUAUGCGGGCAGCGGAGACCCAGCCAUUGCCGUCACGCUCACAUUCAUCCACAAUGCGCUUCACUGCUGUGGAGUGACAGGGAUCAAGUUGAUCGAGAUAGCUAAAGACACCUGUCCCAAACCAGAUGGUCUCCUGGAGCACUUGGCUAUGCCUAAUUGUCCUGUGACCAUUGCAGAGGUCUUCGACAGUAGGGCACCACUGGUAAUGGGCAUCUUCAUUGGAACUGGAGCUCUUUUGAUCACCGCUCUGAUUUGCAGCAUGAUCCUCUGUUCAAAGAUUCGUCAGUCCGUCUCAUCUCCUCAGUACAUUAUCCUGACUCAGUCCACUCCUGCCCUGGCUGGUGUUCAGCUGUCUCAGCAUGAAUUUGUCUCCACCUCCUACCCCGAGCAGGAUCCAGUCAUCUUCACCCCUCUCACAAUGGCAAACAUCCCUGUGGCUCAGGCUUAGUGUUCUUUCGUCUGUUGUCUUGCUCACUGUUAUGCCGUCUUGAUCUUAUCCCACAGUUCUUUGGCAUCGAGAUUACAAAUUUCAUCUGCUUCUCUCAGCACAGUCACCGCAGGGUGUCUUCAGCACUUCUUAAAGGAAAAAUCCACCUUAAAAGACAGAACAGCAUCACUUUGACUACUUUAUCUAUUGGAUAGUUUGUGUGUUUUUCUCAUUGCAACAGGAAAGUAAAAGCGACUUACACCUACCUUCUUUCUAACAGCCAGCAGGGGGCGACUCCUCUGGCUGCAGAAAGAAGUCAGAUUGUCUGAGGAAAAGACCUUAAUUCUCCCUUCAUUUGUUGCUUCAGGGAACAUUUUCUUAUUGGGUUUAUGGUCUCAAAAGCAAGUUUCAAGACUAUUUGAAUACAGCAUGAUGUUGACUUUGUACAUGAUGGUCCCAUUUAGAAUAAAAUAGAAGAUAUAGCAGGGCAUGUUCUAGAAUGGGGCUAUUUGUGAUGGACAGAUCUUACCAUUGGAGCUAGUGUCCCUCAGUUGUCCAACCUGAUCAACUACUUGCUCAUUAUGUCCUAUAUAUUAAUAUCUACAGCUAAUACACUAACAGGGUUGGAUUGUCCUCUAAAUGCCUACUUAUUCGUCACAGAUCACAGAACCCGUUACGGUUUCAGACCAGCUUUUAUAUGGCUAUGUGCAGAUUGAUGGCAGGAGCUAGGCAAUGUUCAUGCCAUUUCAGUCCGUGGCUGAUUUAUUCUCCGAGGUUAUGAGGAGGAAGCAGGUUGUUCACUGCAGACCUCUUUGUCCCGGCCCAGCUUUUUACCUCCCCUCCUCCUUCUGUUUCCGUCUGCAUGACAGAUUACUGCCCUGGUCUGCAGCAGUAUCCUCCUGAAACAAAUCAAGAAAACCCAUCAAGAGGUCACUGCGUACUAUGCAACUGUGUACUAAGAAGAGAAGGAUUACUCUCCUCUGCCUCAUCAACAAAGACCACCACUCAACCAGUAGGUUAAUGUUUACAGAUGUUCCUCUGUAUGUGAACUACUGAUCACGUUAGUUUUGGAGCCAAAGUUGAGGUAAAAUGCAUUUUUGAAAUCUUAAAACAUUACAUUCUGACCUAUUGUAAAAAAGCAGAAACAAAUGUGGGCUUUGUUUAGCAUACUAACCUAGCAGGCUUGUGUCAUCUAAAAUUAAUCUGAGAAUGUUUCACCAGUUCAGCUGGUAAGACAAUGGGAGACGUCCAAACUUCCACAUGUUCAUUUCACAUUCUAGCUGUUAUUUUAACAGGCAGUAUGUAGCUUUGUACGAGCAGCUACUUUUAUGCUCUUGCUUAAGUUUUGUGCCUUUGUUUGCUGUUGCACAUAGAAGUGUUAAAUAUUUACUGAGUCAAGUAUGACUGAGUUAAAAAUGCAAAAGGGAUCAUUUUCUUUAAAGUCCUUCAACUCUUUCAUAUGCUGUAUUAUAGGUGUGGUCAAAUUACAGCGUUGACACAUUGAAUUAAGGUGCCUUGUUUUAUCUUCAUUCACAGCAGCCAUCAUGUACGUCAGGGUGUAAUGACUAGAUGGUCAGCUUUGGUAUGCCAUCUUCCUGUUAUGUACUUACUAAUAUAAUGCUACUUUGGUACAGUAAUUUUUCUGUUGCUAUAGUUUUGUGCAGAUUGCAUUCCAGUUACUGUCUUGUAUUUACGAUGCUUGUCUAGAGGGGCACAGGACUGACUAGAAAAUAAAAAAACCUUACAAAUAUUCUAUAGUCUUCUUGGUCAUAAGGUUCUGUUUUAUGUUUCAAGUGGAAUGCUUCAGAGCUGUGGAGCAUUGUAUUUUUCUGGAUAUGCAUGUUUAAUACUGAGACCAACAGUAAAGCUAAACCUUUCAUUCCUACAAUUUUCUGUUUCUGUGACCAACUUCAUGUACAGUGUCCUGUUUGGAAAGAAAACUGCUUGAAGUUCUUGUGUUCUUUCUCUAUAUUACUAACUGUUGCAUUGCACUAUGUUGUUAAGUUCAUAAUUUUAGAAAUUAAUAUUCUGUAGAAGGUUGUACCCGUUUCCAUAAAACCACAAAAA